AUGAUAGACGGAAACCAUUUUUUACCGAAAUAUGAAGAAGCUGUUAAGAAUGAUAACAGCGAUCCAAAUGCUCCAGUUGUCACUACUACAUCGUCACCAUCCUUAUCACCAUCAUCUGCUAGUAUAAUUAAAACAUCGGAAGUAACGAAUGGCUGCAUUACUGCUACUAAUACAAGACCAUUUAAUGUCAAUGUUAUUUCUACAACUGCACCAAUUUUUGGACCAAAUCCCGUUGAAACGGACUGCUUAUUCUGUCAGGCUCAUAUUGUAACAUCAACACAAAAAGUAAUUGGCACUUUACCAUGGAUUAUUAUGGGAAUAUGCUUUUUACUUGGCUUUUUUGUACUUAUUCCUUGGUGCCUUUGUUGUAUUCCGUUUUGUAUGGAUAACUAUAGGGAUGUGGUGCACACAUGUCCAUGCUGUAAACGAUCACUUGGACGAUUUACUAAAUUAUAA